GUACUUCCUUAAACAAUUAACUGCGAAGAAAGUCGGUGUGCAGGGAGCUAGAAGGAGACAGUAAGUCUAGCCGGGACCAACGGAGUCCCUCGCUGCUGCUUACAACUACCUCUACUUUUAAAGAUCAGAAGGAGUGUGGUGGUUUCCAUCAAACAUGGCUCCAUUCCUUAGGAUUACCUUCAGUGCCUUUGAUCUAGGUACCCUUCAACAGGUCAAUGAGAUGAGCCCUCCAUUCUGUGCUGUUAAGAUGAAGGAAUCACUCACCACAGAAAGAGGGAAGACCUUGGUCCAGCGCAAGCCCACCAUGUACCCAGCCUGGCACUCCAGUAUUGAUGCCCAUAUUUAUGAGGGGCGCGUCAUCCAGAUUAUCCUGAUGAAAACUGCAGAGGAGCCUAUCUCUGAUGUGACAGUUGGGGUGUCUGUCCUGGCGGAACGUUGCAAGAAAGCUAACGGCAAGUCAGAAUUCUGGCUUGAUCUUCAGCCACUUGGCAAAGUGAUGAUGUCAGUCCAGUUGUUCCUUGAGGGCGCAGAUACUAAACAGUCUGUGAAAGAAGAUGAUGGUUUACUUACAAUCAACCGGAGACGAGGAGCAAUUAAGCAGCCUAAAAUUCACUACAUCAAGAAUCAUGAAUUUACUGCCACCUUCUUUAGACAACCCACGUUCUGCUCAGUGUGCAAGGAAUUUGUUUGGGGGCUCAAUAAACAGGGAUACAAGUGCAGACAGUGUAAUGCAGCUAUCCACAAGAAAUGCAUAGACAAAAUAAUUGGACGCUGCACAGGGACUGCAGCCAACAGCAGGGACACCAUGUUCCAGAAGGAACGAUUCAAAAUUGACAUGCCUCACCGGUUCAAGGUGAACAACUACAUGAGCCCAACUUUCUGUGACCACUGUGGUAGCCUUCUGUGGGGGCUGGUCAAGCAGGGACUGAAAUGUGAAGAGUGUACAAUGAAUGUGCACCACAAGUGUCAGACAAAAGUGGCUAACCUCUGUGGCAUCAACCAGAAGCUCCUGGCAGAGGCUCUCACUCAAGUCAGCCAGAAGCAUGUUACAAUGAAAUCCACAAGAAAGUCUGAUCCAAACCUUGCAGACGGUCCUAAUUUUGGUGUCUAUGAGGAGUUCAGUAAGGGGUCUGGCAAACCAGCACUUGACUCAAGUGCAGACGGCUCUCCAUAUGACAAGCUGUGGGACAGCAGCACUCCGAAACCUCAGCCUCGCAUCACCAGUCACCACCAGUUAACUAUAGACAACUUUACUUUCCACAAGGUCCUGGGUAAAGGCAGCUUUGGAAAGGUGAUGCUGGCAGAACUUAAAGGAAAGGGGGAAUACUUUGCUGUCAAAGCCUUAAAGAAAGAUGUGGUGCUGAUGGACGAUGAUGUGGAGUGUACUAUGGUUGAGAAGCGUGUCCUAGCUCUGGCUUGGGACAAUCCAUUCCUAACUCACCUCUACUCCACUUUUCAGUCUAAGGCACACCUCUUCUUUGUCAUGGAGUAUCUGAAUGGUGGAGACUUGAUGUUUCACAUACAAGAAAAGGGACGCUUUGACCUUUACAGAGCCACGUUUUAUGCAGCAGAGAUCGUGUGCGGCCUACAAUUCCUACAUUCUAAGGGCAUCAUAUACAGAGACCUCAAACUGGACAAUGUCAUGCUUGAUUCACAAGGUCACAUCAAAAUUGCAGAUUUCGGAAUGUGUAAGGAGAAUAUGCUAGGAGAAAGCCGAGCAACGACAUUCUGCGGGACCCCAGACUACAUAGCGCCUGAGAUUCUCCUUGGCCAGAAGUACAGUUUCUCUGUGGACUGGUGGUCGUUUGGCGUCCUCCUGUAUGAAAUGCUGAUAGGUCAGUCUCCGUUCCAUGGGGAUGAUGAAGAUGAGCUGUUUGAAUCAAUCCGGGUGGACACUCCACACUAUCCUCGCUGGAUUACCAAAGAGUCGAAAGAUAUACUUGAGAAGCUUUUUGAAAGAGACCCAACAAGAAGGCUCGGUGUCUCUGGAAACAUUAAGAUUCAUUCAUUCUUUAAAACUAUUAAUUGGACGACUUUGGAGAAAAGGGAAGUGGAUCCUCCCUUCAAACCCAAAGUGAAAUCUCCAAAUGACUGCAGUAACUUUGACAGAGAGUUCCUCAAUGAAAAAGCUCGGCUUUCCCAGGGUGACAAGAACCUCAUUGACUCCAUAGAACCCACGGCCUUUGAAGGAUUCUCUUUUAUCAAUCCCAAGAUGGAGCAGAUGAUAAGAAAGUGAGAGAGGGUACUGUUCAGGCGACCUUCUGUGAGCAAAUGUGGGGAUUGUCAUCGCCCACAGGUCAUUGGGAACCAAAGACGUUCUGCUGUGAAGCAGUGGAAAAAAUAAUAAAAUGUACAGUACUGAUUAGAUGUUUGCUAACACCCUUUCUCCAUCAAGAAUAUUGUACGGUUUUUAAUUGUUUCAUUACCAAAUUUCUGCAUGUUGGGAUUUAGAACUUUUAAGCUCUUACAGUGGCUGCCACUCAACGCCGACUUCAUCACCCAGCAGGAAACAUCUGGACAACUGCCUUAUUACUGGAUUACAUUGCCGUUGGGGGACCUCUGGAAUAUUGUGAACCCAGAAAUGCAGCUGGAGGCUGAAAGGUCCAGAGGAGGAGUUCCCAUGGACUGGUGAGCUCAAGCGGAGGCAGAGUUGUGCUUUAGUUUUGAUGUCAGGGGCUGCAUCCAGUUUGGUAAGUUAUGAAGUGAUGUGUAGAAUUAGGGAUCCUGCAUGCUUCCCAAUGGGGACAAUUACCAUCACUAAAGCCCAUUCCAGAUCCCAUGUGCCAGGACAUUGGUCAGAAUUGGUGAAUGCUAUGGGAACACUAUACAACAAAACCAGGGGGACUUGCUUUGAGGCACCAGUGUCAUCUUUGGAAGUAUCUGUGAUGUUACUUGAAUAUAGUUUUCUGUAGAUGGGCUUUGUAUAUAGAAAAAAAUUAUAUAUAUGUAAAGGAAAAUAUAUCUGGCACUGGUGAUUGGAGGAUGUGCUGUAUAGUUUGGCACUGUCGUCAUAUCUUUUAUGUCUUUAAUAAAACUGAAACAACAGGUGUUUCAUAACUAAGGUUUUUAUUUUGAACUACAGUGAAAUAAAUUUCAAGUUUUUAACACUAGAA